CCUCUCUCCGCGCCAACCUCGGCAAGUCCGGGUGAAACAGCCCGUUGUUGGUGCAGCCCUCUGGCCCCGCCACCCUGGGCGUUGCUUUCUAUUCGCCCGGGUCACGGGUGGGAGGCGAGGAACGCUGGGGUUCAGGCGUCUGGCUCCCCGCCAGGCCUGUGGCCUUCGGCCCCGGGGGCCACAGGGCGGCCGAGCCUGGGCGGGAACACAGAUCUCUCGUGUCAGGCUGCAGCGCUGCCAUGGGCUCCCACAGCUCAGCAGUCGCGCGGAUCCCGGACGCGGAUGACAUUCGUCGGGAGACCGGCUUCUCGCAGGCCAGUCUGCUCCGCCUCUACCACCGGUUUCGGUCUCUGGACAGGAACAAGAAGGGCUACCUGAGCCGUGCUGACCUGCAGCAGAUCGGGGCGCUGGCCGUGAACCCCCUGGGGGACCGCAUUAUAGACAGCUUCUUCCCGGAUGGGAGCCUGCAGGUGGAUUUCCCAGGCUUUGUCCGAGUCCUGGCUCAUUUCCGACCUAUAAAUGAAGAGGAUACCAGAACCCGGGACCCCAAGGAACCGGAACCCCUCAACAGCAGAAUGAACAAACUCCGCUUUGCAUUUCAGCUCUACGACCAGGACCGAGAUGGGAAGAUCUCCCAGCAGGAGAUGCUACAGGUCCUCCGGCUGAUGGUUGGGGUACAGGUGACGGAAGAGCAGCUGGAGAGUAUUGCCGACCGCACGGUGCAGGAGGCUGAUGAAGACGGGGAUGGGGCUGUGUCCUUCCUGGAGUUCACCAAGUCCUUGGAGAAGAUGAACAUCGAGCAGAAAAUGAGCAUCCGGAUCCUGAAGUGACCUCGUUUCUGGGGGGCGCACAGCAGUUCUGCCUGGGAUCACCCUCCGCCCGCUGGAGGCGGCCCCAGUAAAGCUGCAUCUUUCUUCCACGCUGAACUCUCUCGAGGGCCCAGGAGAGAAAGGGGGAUGGGUUUACGCAAAGUCUAAUUCACUUGGUCUCAGCUCUGCGAAUCAGCCAACGAUCUUUGGGUUGCAAGUGACUGAAUCCCCAAAUCAAAGGGACUUCAGUUCAAAAGGGUUCAUAUGUGCUCAUGUAAUUAGAGUCUGGAAGUGUCUUCAGAAUGCUGGAAAAGUCUGGAAGUGUCUUCAGGCACAGCUGGAGCCACAGGCUCGGAUGAUGCCAUCUGCACUGUUAUCCUCUGUCUCUCGAGUCAGAUUCCCUUUGUGGUGGCGUCACUCUCAGGGAGGCUCGUGCAGGACGAUGGCCUCCAGCAGCUCUGGGCCUCUGUCCUCGUAAGCGAGUCAUCCAGUGGGAACAGAUUUUCUUUUUCAGCAAUUUCAGGGAAAGGGUGUCAUUAGC